GCCAGUGCGCCUGCGCCGGAGGCCCCUAGAUUGGCACGCUGAGUGGACUCGCAGCCGGCACUCUGCGGUCAGUGCGCCUGCGCGCGGGCUGCUCGCCGCGGUUCUUAACUGGGCUUCGCCCGGCGCCGGGUGUAGCCAUGCGGAGAUCCGAUCCUGAGCAGCUCUCAAAGCGGCCCAGAUGCGAUGGCAGCCCGAGAACCCCACCAAACACUCCUUCCGCAGCGGCGGACAGGACCCCGGAACUCCACCCGGACCACCAGACCUGGGGCCCGGAGCAGGUGUGCGCCUUCCUAGCGCGCAGUGGCUUCCAGGAGCCCAAACUGCUGGAAAACUUCCGAGACAAUAAAAUCACAGGUUCAUUGCUGCCCUUUCUUGAUGAAUCACUUCUUGAAAAUCUUGGAGUUAGUUCCUUCAGGGAGAGGAAUAAGCUGCUUCAUUGUAUCCAACGAUUGAGUAAAACUCAGGUUGAGACAACUAAGGUGAUCAAUGAUCCUGUCCAUGGCCACAUUGAGUUCCACCCUCUUCUUAUUCGGAUCAUUGACACUCCUCAGUUUCAGCGUCUUCGAUACAUCAAACAGUUGGGAGGCGGUUACUAUGUUUUUCCAGGAGCUUCACAUAAUCGAUUUGAGCAUAGUCUAGGGGUGGCGUACUUAGGAGGAUGUCUGGUCCGCUCACUGCGUGAAAAACAGCCAGAGCUGCAGAUCAGUAAUCGAGAUGUACUCUGUGUUCAGAUUGCUGGGCUUUGUCAUGAUCUCGGUCAUGGGCCAUUUUCUCAUAUGUUUGAUGGGAGAUUUAUUCCACUUGCUCGCCCAGGAGUGAAAUGGACGCAUGAACAGGGCUCAGUUCAAAUGUUUGAGCAUCUAGUAAAUUCUAAUGGACUCAGACCUAUCAUGGAACAGUAUGGUCUUAUCCCUGAGGAAGAUAUUUGCUUUAUCAAGGAACAAAUUAUAGGACCACUUGAAACACCAGUAAAAGAUUCUGUGUGGCCAUAUAAAGGACGUCCUAAAGAGAAAAGCUUUCUUUAUGAGAUAGUGUCUAAUAAAAGAAAUGGCAUUGAUGUGGAUAAAUGGGAUUAUUUUGCCAGGGACUGCCAUCAUCUUGGAAUCCCAAAUAAUUUUGAUUACAACCGCUUUAUUAUGUUUGCUCGUGUCUGUGAAGAAGGUAACGAGAAGUGUAUUUGUAUUAGAGAUAAGGAGGCUGGGAAUCUAUAUGAUAUGUUCCACACACGGAAUCGGUUACACCACAAAGCCUAUCAACACAAAGUUAGCAACAUCAUUGAUACAAUGAUUACAGAUGCUCUCCUCAAAGCUGACCCCUACAUAGAGAUUACAGGUGCUCAAGGAAAAAAAUACCACAUUUCUACAGCAAUUGAUGACAUGGAAGCCUUCACUAAGCUAACAGAUAACGUUUUUCUGGAGAUUUUAUACUCUUCUGAUCCCAAAUUGGAUGCAGCACAAAAGGUUUUAAAAAAUAUUGAAUACCGUAAUCUAUACAAGUAUGUGGGUGAGACCCAGCCAGGAGAAGCAAGGAAGAUUGAAAGGAAAGACUAUGAACACCUUCCAAAAAAGGUUGCUGAUGCUAAACCUGAUGGUAUAUUCCUGGAGGCUGAAAUGAAGGCUGAAGAUUUCAUAGUGGAUGUUAUCAACAUGGAUUAUGGGAUGAAAGACAAGAAUCCAAUUGAUCAUGUUCGCUUCUAUUGUAAGAGUGACCUCAGCAGAACCGUCAGUAUAGAUAAAAGUCAGGUUUCACAGCUUCUACCAGAGAAAUUUGCAGAGCAGGUGAUUCGGGUGUAUUGUAAGAAGAAAGAUGAAAAGAGUUUGUUUGCUGCACGACAACUUUUCGUUCAUUGGUGUUUAAUCAACAACUUCAGCAAGCCAAAGGAUGGUGAUGUUGUAGCCCCACUUAUUACACCUCGAAAACCGGAGUGGAAUUACAGGGAUUCAGCCCACAGUCCAGCCCACUUCCCAGGAGCAGCCAAACGCCUUAAUUUUAAAGAUGACUUGGCAUGAAAUCUGUAAUCGGACACUUACAAAAAGCCCUCCCCCAAACAAUUUAGGGGAUUUAAUCACAUAGUUUCACAAAUUUAGUAACUAGUGCUUUUAUUCUGUAUUUUGAAUAUAUACACAUACUAAAGGUAAGUAAUUUUUAUUAAAAAAAAAAUGCUGUUGGGCAAAUCUUCCUAUACGUGCUAUGAAAAGCAUUACUUUGCCUAUUUUUAACAUUAACUUUCUCCUUUAGUAGUCUAUUUUCUUAGAAUAACAACUCUAUCUACUCUGAACUCCUAUGACAGGUAAUUGUUUUUUGUUUUUAAUUUAGAAAUCAGACAAGUGCACAACUUUGAAGUUGAAAGUGUCAUGAAUAGACAUGAUUAAAAAUAAAUAAAAUCUCCGUCCCCUGAGAGAUGUCUCUCAAACCCAAAAUUUCUCUACUGAGGAUAGCUUCUCAAAUGAUACCUAAACUUACCAGUGAAAGACAUUGCCCUCACUCUGGUAGCCCCUACAAGCUGCACGGCUGUGGUAAACAGUAGACCAGGGCCAGGAGUCAGGGCCAGGGCCAGGGCCAGGGCCAGGAGUCGGCUCCAGCUCUGGUGAGCAGACCUGGGGCUCCGGCCUCUUUGUCUUUCCUUUUUUUUUUUUUUUUUUUUUGGUGGUGCUGGGAAUUGAACCCAGAACCUCUUGCAGCUAGGUAUACACUCUGCCACUGAGCCACACUCCGUCCUCCUCUUCAGUGGAGCAUAAAAACCCCUUUCAGGAAUCUGCAGAGGCAGAGGAUCCUUCCAGCCAGGUCGCUGGAGUCUGCUGUGGCUUCAGACCCGGCAGCUUGUUUUUCUUUGAAUUCUCACCGUCCAUCUCCUAGGGCCUCACCACUGCCCAGCCUGGAGAGGCCUCCCUCUAGCCUGUCUCCUCAUCUGCCUUUUGAGCUGCUCAGAGGUCGUCACAGGGUCUGUCCUUGGGGCUAUUCUCACCUGGAACUUUGUUUUCGCAUUUUGCUCCAGGCAUUUUACAGGUUUCAGAGCAGACCAGACUGCCUUUCCUGAGGUUGGUGACUACCAAGUGGGUCCCAGCUUCCCCUUUGUGACUUGAUGUUCCCAACAGUAGAGAGGGUACCAUCAUGGUCAGGCAGUGCUCCUGUGCCCAGGAGAUCCCCUACCCCAGGGUGUAGAAGUUCACCAAGAACAAAGUCUGGGGUUGGGGCCAAAGUGGGCGGUGAACAGAGAGAAUUCUUACGCACUGAUGCUCCCUGGCAGCCUGGAGCAAGGUGGCAGUGGGCAGCCAGAGUGAGUGGGGAGCUCAGGCUACAGGCCAGGAAGUACCUGUGCUGUCACUUUCCACUGUUCUCCUGGGAGUGAUAGUCAACCCUUGAUUCCCUACUGAGGGAUGGAAAGUGGUGACAGCCCAGGGUCCCAGCUGUUCCAAAUGCCCUGGUUACAGUGGAAAGUGGCAGCAUCACCCCUACCACGGUGCCCUGGUGGGGACAGUUCACACAUGGGCUCCUGAAAGCACAGGGGAGGUUCCAGGUUGGAUCUGCUCAGCCGAGGUGCCUGUAAAACCUGCAGGGGAAACGGCUGGAGGUCUCAGCUCCUAUGCCCAGCCUCAACGUCAAGAAUGUAAUAUUUUUGUGCUAAGAUUUAUUUUUCCUGCCACUUUUAUUUUUAAAUCAUUGUGGUUUACUCUGCAGUUUUGUAAUCCUAAUAUUGUAUCAUUGUGCUGACUGAGAAACGACUUGAAUCUGUUUGUUGUUGUUUUUGCCUCUUUCCUUACAUGUAAGGCAGCUGCACUUUAUGCUGUUUGCAACUGUUUUUAUUAUGAGAACCAUGUGCCAUUAACAAGGCUAAAUUUUUCUUAUGAAACAUCUUGACUCUGUAUAAAAAGGGAUUUUUACAGCUUAGUCUCUAGAGUUCCUGAACAUUGUCACCUUGAGACUGUGAAUAGAACCGACUGGUUCCUUCAGCUGGGUGAGGGAAAUGGCUGCAAUAAAGCUUCACGAAUGUGUC